UUUGACACCAAACUAUCAGCAUAAACGCAUGCUUUAUCGCUGUCUCUUUCCAUUUAUACAUAUAUAGCAAUUCGCCAUUGCUGCUACCACCAUUAGGGUUCGAUUUCAGGUGGAAAGAUCAUGUCAGCUCGUAUUGGCGUACUCGAGAACAUGCCGGAGUUCACGGGAUCACCGCCGGUCUCUCCCACACUUGGGGAGCUUUUAGAGUUCGUUGGAGACGUGGGAAAUGGUGAUGAGACGACGGCGCAUCGUGUCUUGGAGAUGAACAACGAGCCACAAUCCUUGCCGUUUGUUUUGUCGUUUACUAAUCUGACGUAUAGUGUAAACGUUCAGAGAAAGUUUGGGAUUCCGGCCGUGUUUGGGGGUGGGCAUAUGUCGGCUGGUGUUCCGGCGACGGCGGUGGAGCCGUUAGCAGGAGAGAAUCUGUUUUCCAGGAGUAAGGUUUUGUUGAACGAUAUUUCUGGUCAAGCCAUGGAUGGCGAGAUAUUGGCGGUGCUUGGUGCUAGUGGAUCGGGAAAGUCGACCUUGAUUGAUGCUUUGGCGAAUCGAAUCGCCAAAGGAAGCUUGAAUGGCAAAGUGACUUUGAAUGGAGAACAAUUAGAAUCCAGAUUGCUGAAGGUGAUUUCAGCUUAUGUGAUGCAAGACGAUCUCUUAUUCCCGAUGUUAACCGUCGAAGAAACAUUGAUGUUCGCCGCCGACUUCCGCCUCCCUCGGACGCUGUCAAAAUCAAAGAAGAAGCUCAGAGUUCAAGCCCUAAUUGAUCAGUUAGGGCUCCGACAAGCUGCCAAAACAGUCAUCGGUGACGAAGGACAUAGAGGAGUCUCAGGCGGAGAACGCCGCCGUGUUUCCAUCGGAACUGAUAUUAUUCAUGAUCCUAUCAUCUUGUUUCUGGAUGAACCGACCUCCGGCCUCGACUCCACCAGUGCUUACAUGGUGGUGAAGGUUUUGCAACGUAUUGCACGAAGCGGAAGCAUCGUCAUAAUGUCCGUACACCAACCGAGCUACCGACUUCUCGGCUUACUCGACCGUCUAUUGUUUCUCUCUCGUGGACAGACCGUUUACAGCGGCUCUCCGGCGAAUCUCCUUUCUUUUUUCUCCGAUUUCGGCCAUCCGAUUCCGGACAAAGAGAAUCGUACCGAAUUCGCACUCGAUUUGAUCAGAGAACUCGAAGGUUCUCCAGGAGGAACCAAAAGCCUCGUCGAAUUCAACAAGUCAUGGCAAAACCUGAAGCGAUCUCGACAUACCCAAACCACCGGCAACGAAACCCCCACUCAUGGUUUAUCGUUAAAAGAAGCAAUCAGUGCCAGUGUUUCUCGGGGCAAAUUAGUCUCCGGCGCCACCAACGAUCUCAACCCAACCUCCAUCGUUCGUACCUUCGCCAAUCCAAUGUGGAUGGAGAUGGUGGUUUUGUCAAAACGAUCAUUCAAGAAUUCAUGGAGAAUGCCGGAGCUAUUCGGAACUCGAUUGGGUGCAGUUAUGGUCACCGGAUUCAUCCUGGCCACUAUGUUUUGGAAGCUCGAUAACACGCCACGAGGCAUUCGUGAACGGCUCGGAUUCUUCGCCUUCGCCAUGUCCACAACCUUCUACACCUGUGCAGACGCAUUGCCGGUUUUCCUCCAAGAACGUUACAUUUUCAUGAGAGAAACCGCUUACAACGCCUACCGGCGAUCAUCCUACGUUCUUUCUCAUUCCCUCGUUGCCAUCCCGUCUCUGGUUUUCCUCUCGUUGGCAUUCGCAAUAAUCACAUUUUGGGCAGUCGGACUCUACGGCGGAGCUUCAGGUUUCUUCUUCUACUUCUUCAUAAUCUUGGCCUCAUUUUGGGCCGGAAGUUCUUUCGUGACGUUUCUCUCCGCCGUCGUUCCUCACGUCAUGCUCGGCUACGUUAUCGUCGUCGCCAUCCUCGCUUACUUCCUCCUCUUCAGCGGCUUCUUCAUCAACCGCGAUCGAAUCCCCAAUUACUGGAUCUGGUUUCACUACAUUUCUCUGAUCAAAUACCCAUUUGAAGCAGUUUUGCACAAUGAAUUCCAAGAUCCCACUAGAUGUUUUGUCCGUGGAACUCAGAUCUUCGACGGCAGUCCUCUUGGGCAGGUGGACGACUCAUUGAAAUUGGAUCUUUUAAAAAGCAUGAGUCAGACGUUGGGGGUGAACAUCACCGCCGGCACCUGCCUGACCACCGGCGCCGACAUAUUGCAGCAGCAAGGUGUGAAUGACCUGAGCAAAUGGGAAUGCUUAUGGAUCACUGUGGCUUGGGGAUUCUUCUUCAGGACCUUGUUCUACUUCUGCUUGUUGCUGGGAAGCAAGAACAAAAGGAGGUAAAGUGUAAAUACCCAAAUCUCGGGGUACUAGUGUGUAAGUUUUUCAGUUUGGCGGGAAUGGAUAAAGCCAUUCAAGUUCUUAUUUUAUUUUUAAUAAAAAUUGUAUUAUAUAAUAAUAAUUAUCGUCAU